AAUAAAUAAAUAAAUAGAUUUUGAAAGUAUAAAAGAGGAGAGAGCAAAGGGGUGUGUUGUUGUUGUUGUUAGUUAGUUAGAGAGAGUGGAUGGCAAUAGCAGCAGCAACAUCAUCACCUAACAUGAGCAGCAUGAGCUUGAGUCACGAAGAUGGAACUUCUAACGAUAAUAUUAACAAAGGAGCUACAGCUACAGUUACAGUAGUAGAUGAUGAUGAUGAUGCUGAUGAUGAUCACGAGCAUGACGUGGUUAUGCCAGGGUUUCGUUUCCAUCCAACUGAAGAAGAACUUGUAGAGUUCUACCUUCGCCGUAAGGUCGAGGGAAAACGUUUCAACGUUGAGCUUAUUACUUUUCUCGAUCUUUAUCGCUAUGACCCUUGGGAACUUCCUGCUUUGGCAGCAAUCGGAGAGAAGGAGUGGUACUUUUAUGUGCCUCGAGAUAGGAAGUAUCGAAACGGUGAUCGUCCAAAUCGUGUAACAACUUCUGGUUAUUGGAAGGCAACAGGAGCGGAUAGGAUGAUUCGAACUGAAAACUUCCGUUCAAUUGGACUCAAGAAAACCCUAGUUUUCUAUUCUGGAAAAGCUCCUAAAGGCAUCCGAACCAGUUGGAUUAUGAAUGAGUAUAGAUUACCCCAACAUGAAACCGAACGAUAUCAAAAGGGUGAGAUAUCCCUAUGUCGUGUAUACAAGAGAGCAGGAGUAGAAGAUCAUCCCUCCCUCCCUCGUUGUCUCCCAAUUACACGACCAUCAUCAUCAUCAUCAUCAAGAGGUACUACUGCUUCACAUUCAGACAAGAAUAAGCAGCAAAAUGAAAUAUUGGGAAUGGGAUUUGUUGUUGGACAAUCACCAAAGACAAUUGAUGAUCACAUAGUUAACAAAAUGGAAGGAAGCAGUAGCGGCGGUAAUUCAGAUCAUGUCACAACAACUCUUGGGCUUUCCAAGUAUAGCAAUACUCCUCCUCCUACUAAUUACCGUUCAGAAGAAGAAGAAGGAUUGAUGAUUAUGCAGCAGCAGCAGCAUCAACCUAGGCACCUAGUACAAUAUUCAGCUGCGGGAAACUCUCUGUUAGUCUCCGCUGGUGGCGGCGGGGGCGUCAUUUUCCCUGUCUCAGCUUCAGCAGCAGCAGCAGUGAGCUGUUCCAAUACUGCUACCAGUGCUGCAAUGAUGAUGGAUGAUCUCAAUAGGCUUGUAAGUUAUCAACAACAGCAAUAUUGUUACAAUGUUCAAAACCCACAUCUCAAUCAUCCAAAUCCGAAUCAUUUGUCUACAUUGCUGAUGCAACCAAUGUUACCAAAUCAAUUUCCAACUACCUUCUCUGACCGACUGUGGGACUGGAAUCCAAUCCCUGAGGAUCAUAAUCACCCCAACAGUAGUAACAACACCUCCUUCAAGUAAUCACUAAUUACUCAGUUCUAAGUUUUAAUUAUAUUUAUAUAUGCAAUGCAUCAACCCUACUACCUACUAUAUAAUGCAAAUACAUAUAUUGAUACAUGAGCCAGUUGAUUUCAGUUAUCAACUUUAUGUAGGUUGUUUUUCUAAUUACUCUGAUUAUUCGGCCUGUAUCCCUUGAUUUCAAUAACAUAUAUAUAGUUGUAUCAUUACUCAUUUUCAUCACUCGUUAAUAUCAAUAUCUUUCUAUAA